AUGCCAGGCUCUGUCCACUCCCAAGAUGCCCAAGAUCAGUCCAUGAUGGACGUCGAACAGCCAGAUGAAUUGAUGCUGGAUGAGCGCCGCAUCCUGGUGCUCCCCGGUUCCUCAGAGACAGCCGCAUCAUUCCAAUUCGAAGGAGAAGGUCACACUAUGGGCAACGCGCUGCGAUACGCCAUUAUGAAGAACCCGGCCGUGGAUUUCUGCGGUUACACUAUUCCCCACCCCUCUGAUGCCAAGAUGCACCUUCGUAUCCAGACUAGUGACUCGACUACUGCCCUCGAGGCUCUUGAGAAGGGUUUCAACGACUUGAUGGACCUUUGCGAUGUUGUUACUGAGAAGUUCACCGCUGCUCGUGACCAGUUCAAUGAGGAAAACAGCAACAAGAUGCAGUCGUGA